AGCUUCUAUCAGCCUUCAGAGAAAAAGGCAGCAAAACCGGAGUCAGGCACACAUACUGCCAACCAAUUCCCCCCACGAUGGCAUCCACGCGCCUCGCCGCACCGCCAACAUGUCUCUCCUGUCUCCGACGUCUCGCCCUCCCCUCACUGCCCCUCGCGCAGCAGCAGACCCGAGGCGUUAAGAUGACAAAAGCCGAGGAGGAAGACACACAAGGCAUCCCCGUACGCCUCCUCCACGACAUGCCCGGGUUCGGUGCUAAAGACGCCAUAAUCCGCGUAACACCCGGCCGCAUGCGCAACCAAUGGUUCCCCAAAGGCCAAGCCGAAUACAUGACAAAAAAGCGAUUCCAAGAACUCCAACUAUCCGCCGCCUCGAUCGGCACACGUGACCGCACCUACGGCUCGCGAACCAUCGUCGACGAAGGGGAGACGAGCCAAGCCGAGCGGCGGCAGAAGUGGUUAGAGAAAAAACGCAACACCGCAAAGAAGGACGUAAUAGCGUUAGCGCCCGACGAAUCCCUCGCCCUGCUCAAAGAACACAUCCCCAAGACCCUAACCUUCACGCGCAAACCAAUCCAGCCCGCGGCCCCGGCCCCAACCGAAGCCGAGCCCGCGCCGCAGCGAUCCCCGUCCCUCGCGCACCACGCCGUGACAUCGACCUCCGCCAACGUGCCGGAGCCAGAGCCGCUAGAGCCGGCCGCGGUAUCCAUUUUCGGAUCUGUUUCCACUACCGACAUCCUCACGGUUAUCAAGGAGAAGUUACUGGCGUCCGACCCGGUGAACGGAGGACGUGUGGCGCUUGAGGCGAGUGGAAUCACGAUUGCGGGAUUGGAGGAGGGCGAGGACCGGAUUAAACACCUUGGCACUUUCAAGGUAUCGGUGUUGGUGGCGGCGAAGCUCGAGCCUGUCAAGCUUAAUGUCAAGGUGGUUGCUGAGGAGUAGGCGGUUUGGCGAGAAGGGCGUAUUAGUCGCUAGGCUAUAGGGAACCCCUUUUACCGAUUUGAGGGGCAGAACGUGCGGCAGUAAGCUGCUACAUCACGUAGUGCCUAUGAAAGACGGCACUGAUGCAUGUAUGAUUUACCUGCCUAGGUGCUCAGGCACCGAGGUAACGAG